GGGGCGGUGACCUGCUGUCUGCGCAGGCGCGCGGGGCGUCGGCUGCCAAAAUGAAGGUGCUUAUAGGCGGUGGGACGGGCUUCAUCGGCAGGGCCCUGACUCAGCUGCUGCUGUCCCGAGGACACGAGGUGACCGUGGUCUCCCGCCAGCCCGGAGCCGGGCGCAUCACUUGGAACCAGCUUGCCCGCUCUGGGCUGCCCCCCUGCGAAGCCGUGGUCAACUUGGCCGGGGAGAACGUCCUCAACCCCUUCCGAAGGUGGACUGAGGCCUACCGGAAGGACCUACUCAGCAGCCGUCUAGAUACUACCCACACAUUGGCCACAGCUAUUGCCAAGGCCGCGCGGCCCCCCCAGGCCUGGGUCUUGGUCACAGGCAUAGCUUAUUACCAGCCCAGCCUGACUGCAGAGUACGAUGAGGACAGCCCUGGUGGUGAUUUUGACUUCUUCUCAAACCUGGUGUCCAGGUGGGAAGCAGCAGCCAAGCUCCCCGGGGAUGCCACACGCCAGGUGGUGGUUCGCUCCGGUGCUGUGCUGGGCCGUGGGGGUGGCGCCAUCAGCCACAUGCUGCUGCCCUUCCGCCUAGGCCUUGGUGGGCCUAUUGGUUCAGGCCAACAGUUCUUUCCCUGGAUCCAUAUUGAGGACAUGUCAGGAAUCCUGGCCCAUGCUAUGGAGAAUAGCCAUGUUAAUGGGAUCCUGAAUGGGGUUUCUCCAGCUUCCUCUACCACCAAUGCUGAGUUUGCCAAGGCCUUGGGUGCUGCCCUAGGCCGCCCUGCCUUCCUCCCUCUGCCCGGCCCUGCUGUCCAAGCGAUCUUUGGGCGGGAACGUGCUGUCAUGCUGCUGGAGGGCCAGAAGGUGAUACCUCGAAGGACUCUGGCCAGUGGCUAUCAAUAUGUCUUUCCAGAGCUGGGGGCUGCCUUGAAACAGGCUGUGUCUUGAAGGGGCUUACAGGCCUUUUUCUGAUAGGAACCAUCCUGUUCAGAUCUUGAUCCUCUGUAAAUAACCAAUUCCUUAAACAUUUUACUGAGGUUCUCAGACCCUGCGCACACACACAUAAGUAUUUACAAGAUAUUUAUAAUAAAAUAACAUCAGUGACUUCAUUUUAAGUUAAAUUUCAACUUCUUGGAAGUCACCUGAUUUUAGAGGUCACAAGAUUUCCCCUCCCAGCUGUCACCCAACUUAAGGAAUGUCACCAAACUACCCCUCUCCCCUCAGUGUUUCCCAAUCCUCUCCUUCAAUAAGAAACCAGGUGUCUUAAUCCCUGUAAUCCUGUUCUUAUUUUUCACUCCCUCCAAACUCUGUAAAAACCAAUGAUCAUUGUCCUUAGCGACCAAGAACCUUGGACACAAUCUGUUUCUGCAGCUGUAUACCUUGAUAAAUAAAUCAUUUGUCUGAAUGAAA